AUGGCCAAUAUAGUAUCUGAAGUUCGUAAUUAUUUCAAAUUAGGCUUAUUAAUUGCACGAUCACACCUUUCACUUCGUCAUUUGUUUAAAAAUCGUUAUUUAUUAUUCAACAAUGGUCAAGUAUGGGAUGAUACGCCAACAUGUGGAAACAAGUAUGUAACCAAUGUGAUUGCGAAAAACAAGAAAAUUAGUUUAACACCUGUACAAAAGAUAGCUGUUUCUAAUGGAAAUUUAGAUGAAUGGGAUGUAACAACAUUAACUGCUCUUCUAUUAUUUAUUUAUCGCCCAAAAACAUUAAGCACAAGUGAAACACAACAACUUGAUCAGGAAGAUAAACUUUUGCAACAAUUAAGAGAAAUUCGAAAUAAAUUAGCUCAUAAUGGAACAAAAUCUGUUGAUAAUGUACAAUUCAAUCAAUUAUGGGCUGAUUUAGCAGCAAUUCUGGUUGCAUUUGGUGAUGUUGAAACUGAAUUUGAUAAACUAAAGGAUGAUAGUGUGUUUGAAUUGCCUAAACAAUCAAUAAAUGAAGAAAAUACGAAAGAAGCAUUACGACUAAAUUCACUUGGUACACAAGCUCAUAAAGAUAGAAAGUA